GGCUCGAUUGUCAAGGUGGCGAUGCACUAGGAAGAGCCACAUCCUAGGCGCGGCCAUGUUUCCCGGAACUUACGGUCUUAGCUACCUUACGGACUCGAUGGUCAAGAUGGCGGCGCCUGGGAGACGAUCAAGGCUUUAUGUGGGCGAUUUAUUUGUUUGCCAGUGAAGCGUCGCUCUGAGGAAUAGGAGUGCGGUGCGGCGAAGGCGGGACCAGAGGCGGAAGUGGUUGUGGAACCGCCGCGGACACUGCGGAGGGGCUUGCUCAGGUUCGCCGGUUGCGGUCCGGAGUCGGAGCGCUGUGAGCAGAGAUAUGGAGGGAGAUGGUUCGGACCCGGAGCCUCCAGAUGCUGGGGAGGACAGCAAGUCUGAGAAUGGGGAGAACGCCCCCAUCUACUGCAUCUGCCGCAAACCGGACAUCAACUGCUUCAUGAUUGGAUGUGACAACUGCAAUGAAUGGUUUCAUGGUGACUGCAUCCGGAUUACUGAGAAAAUGGCCAAAGCCAUCCGGGAAUGGUACUGUCGGGAGUGCCGAGAGAAGGACCCGAAGCUGGAGAUUCGAUAUCGGCACAAAAAGUCCCGAGAGCGGGAUGGCAGUGAGCGGGACGGCAGUGAGCCCCGGGAUGAGGGUGGAGGGCGCAAGAGGCCUGUCUCAGAUCCAGAACUGCAGCGCCGGGCAGGGUCAGGGACAGGGGUUGGGGCCUUGCUUGCUCGGGGUUCUGCUUCGCCCCACAAAUCCUCUCCACAGCCUUUGGUGGCCACACCUAGCCAGCAUCACCAGCAGCAGCAGCAACAACAGCAGCAGCAACAGCAGCAGCAGCAGCAGCAGCAGCAGCAACAGCAGCAGCAGCAGCAGCAGCAGCAGAUCAAACGGUCAGCCCGCAUGUGUGGUGAGUGUGAAGCAUGCCGUCGUACUGAGGACUGUGGCCACUGUGACUUCUGCCGUGACAUGAAGAAGUUUGGGGGCCCCAACAAGAUCCGGCAGAAGUGCCGGCUUCGCCAGUGUCAGCUGCGGGCACGGGAAUCGUACAAGUACUUCCCUUCCUCGCUCUCGCCAGUGACACCCUCAGAGGCCCUGCCAAGGCCCCGCCGGCCACCGCCCACUCAGCAACAGCCACAGCCAUCCCAGAAGCUGGGGCGUAUCCGUGAAGAUGAGGGGGCAGUGGUGUCAUCAGUGGUCAAGGAACCACCAGAGGCUACAGCAACACCUGAGCCACUUUCAGAUGAAGACCUAGCACUGGACCCUGAUCUUUACCAGGACUUCUGUGCUGGGGCCUUUGAUGACCAUGGCCUGCCCUGGAUGAGCGACACAGAAGAGUCCCCAUUCCUAGACCCUGCACUUCGGAAAAGGGCCGUAAAAGUGAAGCAUGUGAAGCGUCGAGAGAAGAAGUCUGAGAAGAAGGUGAUGGAGAGGAAGGAAGAGAGAUAUAAACGACAUCGACAGAAGCAGAAGCAUAAGGACAAAUGGAAACACCCAGAGAGGGCUGAUGUGAAGGACCCUGCAUCGCUACCGCAGUGCCUGGGGCCUGGCUGUGUGCGUGCUGCGCAGCCUGGCUCCAAGUAUUGUUCAGAUGACUGUGGCAUGAAGUUGGCAGCCAACCGCAUCUAUGAGAUCCUCCCCCAGCGCAUCCAGCAAUGGCAGCAAAGCCCUUGCAUUGCUGAAGAGCACGGCAAGAAGCUACUCGAACGCAUUCGCCGUGAGCAGCAGAGUGCCCGCACCCGCCUUCAGGAAAUGGAGCGUAGAUUCCAUGAGCUUGAGGCCAUCAUUCUGCGUGCCAAGCAACAGGCUGUGCGUGAGGACGAGGAGAACACUGAGAACGACAGUGAUGACACAGACCUCCAGAUCUUCUGUGUCUCCUGUGGGCACCCCAUCAACCCACGUGUUGCCUUGCGCCACAUGGAGCGCUGCUACGCCAAGUAUGAGAGCCAGACAUCCUUUGGGUCCAUGUACCCCACACGCAUUGAAGGGGCCACCCGACUCUUCUGUGAUGUCUACAAUCCCCAGAGCAAAACAUACUGUAAGCGGCUCCAGGUGCUCUGUCCUGAGCACUCACGAGACCCCAAAGUGCCAGCUGAUGAGGUGUGUGGUUGUCCGCUUGUACGUGAUGUCUUUGAGCUCACAGGUGACUUCUGCCGCCUGCCCAAGCGCCAGUGCAAUCGCCAUUACUGCUGGGAGAAGCUGCGGCGUGCAGAAGUGGACUUGGAGCGCGUUCGGGUGUGGUACAAGCUGGAUGAGCUAUUUGAGCAGGAGCGCAAUGUACGCACAGCCAUGACGAACAGAGCAGGGUUACUGGCCCUGAUGCUGCACCAAACAAUCCAACAUGACCCUCUCACUACCGACCUGCGCUCCAGUGCUGACCGCUGAGCUUCACCAACCCUGAGCCCCUCACGACCUGCAUUCCAGUUAGGGGAGCCGCCCUGAAUCCACCAGUUUUCUGUUCAUCUGUUUCUUCUACUACCCCUUAGUUUUGUCCCUGUGCCCAUCUACCUUUUGACUGCCAUCUGCCCUUACCAAAGGGUCUCUGCUUUCCCUGUCAUUGUUUGUCCUUCUGUCCCUUUUCUCUGUGCUUGGGUGACUCUGGAGUUUACUCACCCUUGCCUACACCUCCACCCUGGUUUUGUUAAUAAAAAUUUGAACAAGGGA